UGGCACCUUAAUGGCCACCAUGAACAAUUUGAAGAGCCAGCUGGCUUCCGUCCAUUUUGUUCGUGGUGAUUUCGUACUAUACAGAAACGAUCAAUCACGUCGACAAAAAGGAAGUUUCGUCAUCGUUGUUUGAAAUUGGUGCAAUUUCUGGAAUUUUGUACCUUCCAAGAGGCUGAGCACAAACCAAAGCAUUAAGUGUCUCCUUUUCUCCUGAUCACCAGUUACAUGAUACUUUGAUCUCCCAUUAUCUACCGUGAGACAAAUCAGUUCUUCUUCAGCAUUCUCAAAUGGGCCAGUCUUUACCAGUAGAUCAAUAUCGUAGAGGGAGGAUAAUAAUUCUUUUUCAGGUGGAGGAAGAAAAAUGAGCCAUUGGUAUCUUAACGUAUAAACGUUACCGAAAAAACGGAGUUCGAAAACUGACAGCAGCACGUUGAGGAAAAAUAAGAAAUUAAGUUAGCACAGCGACGAACAAGACAGCAUGACGUCUUUUUGAUCGAAACAUCUGGUCAAUUGACAUAACAGAAACGGUUCGAGAAUUGGCAAUGAUUGCCAAAUUUUAGGAUUGCAAAAAACAAGUUUUCCGUUGUCCGGGAAUGUUGCCGGGAGGAAGUGAAAUCGAUAAAAAUGACAAAGAUAUAUGGGUUAAGAAGACACCCUCAAUUUAAUAUACAGUUGGAACCUUUUUUUUCUUGCCAUCCUUGACACGAUGACUAGAUAAGAAAAUUGUACAGCUGCUGGAGCGAGUCCCUUAUUUAUCUUAUAGGGUCCCGUUCCAGAAGGUUAUGGCUCCAUACCCAAUACACAUGCCAUUUCGGGAACCAGUUUGCUCACAUGUGGACGGCUUGCAACAGUGUCGAAUGCGGCGGAAGCAAUGACAAGGAUAUCGACACAUUUUUCAUUCGAUCCAACGUGAAGGGGAGAGAUAUAAGAUUGUUUGACGUAUACACCUGUGAAAGAGUAAUAGAAGUUUUCUCCUAGCCUGUCAACGAUGCGAUCAUGGAAAUAUCUGCUGCGAAUUGAAAACGACACGAGAUCUGUCACGACUUGAACAAGAUAUCCUACCCUCAAACGACUUACAAGUGCAUUCUCGUCACUGUCGUAGCACUGAUGUUCUUCCGGUUUUAAUGGGAUCAAUUCAACGAGGACCAUCCGGAGCUGAUUUUGUUGAUGUAAAGUGAUGAACCAUUUCAAGUGGCCGAGAAACUCGAGAGAAUACAGGUGUGGACAUCACCAACGAACACACAAGACGGAAUCGAGGAGAAAAACAAGGGCUAUUUAUUUUUUAUUCAUAGGUAAUUACAGCCGGAGGAGCUUAAAUGAAUCAUUGCGUAAUGACCUGUGAAGUGAUUCGUUUCUAUUGACCUUGGUUACGGCUCGGCGAGACCAAUAAAAACGAAACUUGCGUCGUUUCGCUAAUGGAUUGCAGUCGGAUAUCGGUUUCCGCACUAGGACGUGACGUGCUAGUUGGAGAUUUGUAUAAUUAUUAUACAGAUAAUAUCUUGAAAAGUAGUAUCCUAGUACCGGGCGAGUGCAUACGCAUCGAGCACAAAUUAAUUCCUGAAACGGAACGUUACUUUUUCUUUAAUCAACCGGACAAAUUCAAACCGUCUCUGCUUGGCAUAAAUUCUCAUUUAAAGGAGAGCAUCGAACAAGGGUCUGUCGAUUUAAAUCUUCUUUGGUUCGCCGAUUUUCUGAGAGUUAUUCCGUCAGAAGGCGACGAAAAUGAGGCGCUAGUCACCGUCUUCUUCCGCGUCAUCCGACGGACUGAAACACUCGAUCAGCAUUUUUUCCACUCCAAAAUAUUCGACUAUCAGCUAGACUGUGGUGGAUGGGCGACGCAUUUGGUGGAACAGGUUGUCUACGGAGCUGAGCUGAUUUGUUCCAUGCGAAGACCUGUCGACUGGAGGCGAGAAACAAAAGACAGCGCCGAAGAAAACAUUUACCUGGUGGCCAAAGCUUAUUUCGAUCGCAUUAUCGGGCCGAAGGCAAUCAAUACCGAACCGCCAAUUGAAUUAGAAAAAGUGUCAUGCCGAAUACUCAGCAGUCUAGAAGAUGUUCAACCGACAGAGAGUUCGUUCCGGAUGUCUUGCGAAUUUCUAAAGGAUGUCAUCAAUUUCAAAGAAGAUAAUCAACCUGCGAAAUUGUGGCGUCCUAUUUACAUUGUACGGCGCCAAAUUCCUAAACAAAUUGAAGCUCGCAUUUUGCUGGAUAGACUGACCGAUAAGAGACUGAAAAUCGAACGAAAAUGGCACUGGAUUAUGAAGGAGACUCACCGGCUAGCAAAACAUCCAUUUCUCAAUCGAGUUCCUCCCUUUGAGAGGGCGAUACGACAGUUCAUCGAAUUAUUGGAACCGGCCGAAAGCGAAAUUAUGCAAUAUGACAUCAACGUUAUUGCAAAGAAAUGCAUCCAAGACCAAGUUUCAAAAGACAUCAAAACAAUGGCUGAUUGUCUUUUAUUAUCCGAUAUGGUAGAUUGGCUGAUCCAGCGUCGCAGCGAGAUUGACGCCAUCUGUUUGAUGCUGAAAGGCAACCAUCAGAUGGGAAUGUUCGACAUGCCGGAAAUCGAGUCUCGGCCUUCGUCCAGUGGUGAAAAACGAGCCAGAGUAUUCGUCUUGAAAGUUGACUACAUCUCAGAUCCGCUGAUGGAGCGCAUUCAAAAUUUGAUUGGCAACUUGGAACCGGUUCACAAACUUCCAGUUUUUCCGGUCAUCUCAUCCGGGAAAGAGCGUCUCGGAAUAAUUAGUAGAGCCUUUCACGGGUUUUCGGAAGAGGCACGUUGGUGUUCCAAUGAGCAAUAUAGCUAUUACCAGAUCGGUCUAGUUCCAGUUUCCUCGCCCCUGGAAGAUGGAACGAUCAAGACUAUUGUCUAUCCCGCCAUUGAAAUGACGCCGUCAUGCUUGCCAGCUGCACAGUCCAGUCCUAAAGAAUCGGAGAAAGAUUUACAUGAAGAUCAUCAUCAGCUACUGUGUCUGCCCAUCAACAAUCACCAGCAACAUCCAAACAGUCCCAAGAAAACUCUGACGGUUUCCAAUCAAAGUGAUAAUCCAUACGAAAAAGUGGCUUAUUUUCUACUUAAAAGUAUCAUGAUGAUUUCUCCAGAGAAUUUUGAUGACGAGAAUAACGUUUAGAAAUUCUAAUGUGUUGGCAAUGUCGAGAUUUGUUUUAUAUGAUCUAACUUUUUUUCCAUCAUUCAUGGAGCUGCACAGUGUGGAUUUUGGAGGAUUUUUUGUUUAUGAACUAAAUUCCAUAUAACCUUGAUUGUUUCUCAACUAAAUGAUGGAUCAACCAAAAGAAAACUGAAAAUAUAUGAUUAUUUAUGAGGCAAUACAAUUUGUUAAGCAGA